AUGAAUCUCUUGAAGUGCACUUUUGGGGUUAUGUUUGGAAAGUUUCUUGGGUUCAUUGUGCGCCAUCGCGGCAUAGAGAUUGAACAAGCUAAAAUUGAUGCUAUCUUGAAAAUGCCUGAACCUCGGAAUAUUCAUGAAUUGAAGAGUUUUCAUGGACGAUUAGCUUACCUUCGUCGCUUCAUAUCAAAUUUGGCUGGGCGAUGUCAACCAUUUAGCUGCCUCAUGAAGAAAGGAACUCCUUUUGAUUGGGAUAAAGCAUGCGACAAUGCCUUCAAGAGCAUUAAAUCAUAUUUAACGAGACCUCUUGUUCUCACCGCUCCUAAACCUGGACGACCUUUAAUCUUGUAUGUUGCAACCCAAGAGCGUUCAGUGGGGGCCUUACUUGCCUAA